AUGAUGAUGAUGAUACACAUCUCCUCCGUCUCGCCAACGUUGCUUAUUAUCCCACUUGGACUAUUCUUAGCAUCCUUCAUUUGGGGCUGCCGAGUGUUGUCCGCCAAGAGAUCGGCAGCGCCGCCAGGACCAUGGAAGCUGCCCAUCUUUGGGAACGUCCACCAGCUCAUGUUCAGCCGAGUUCGAGCUCCCCACAUCCGGCUGAGGGAAUUGGCUCAGAGAUACGGGCCCGUUAUGAGCCUGCAGCUCGGGGAGGUGGUCAACAUGGUCAUUUCCUCCCCAGAGGCCGCCAAAUUGGUGCUGAAAACCCACGACUUGGUCUUUGCUUCCAGGCCCAGUCUCCUGGUCGCCAACAUCAUCUUCUACGGUUGCAAGGACAUCGGCUUCGCGCCUUACGGGGAGUACUGGCGGCAGAUGCGGAAGAUCUGCAUUGUGGAGCUGCUCAGCGCAAGGCGCGUUGCUUCGUUCCGCUCUAUCAGGGAGGAGGAGGUCUCCAAUCUAAUCUCUCGCAUUCGUGUCGCUGCAACUGCGAGGAACGAGGAGGGCGUCGACCUCAGGGAGAUGCUAUUUUCCUUCGCCAGCAACGUCACUUACAGGUCACUUUGCUCCAAAGAACUAACUGAUGAGGAGAUUGUAUUGAAUCCCAUAUUGCCUUAA